AUGGGCAGCCAGAAGCGCAUAGCCAAGGAGCUCGCCGAGCUUGUUGAAUCUCCUCCCGCUGGCAUCACCGUCGAGCUAGCCAACGAAUCCAACCUCUACGAAUGGAAGGUCUACAUGGAAGGCCCCGAAAACUCCCCAUACGCCAACGGCAAAUUCCUGGUGAAACUCAACCUCCCCAACGAAUACCCAUUUAAACCACCGACCGUCGCCUUCGGAACGAAGAUCUACCACCCCAACGUGACCAACGAUGAUAAAGGGAGCAUGUGCCUAGGCAUGCUGCGGCCCGAUGAGUGGAAACCUAGUUCCCGCAUUGCGGCUGUGCUGCAAUUCGCACGCCAACUGCUCGCCGAGCCCAUGCCUGACGAUGCCGUGGAGGGACGCAUCGCUGAGCAAUACAAGAACGACCGGGCACGGUAUGAGGAGAUCGCUCGGGACUGGACAAGAAAAGGAUCCUCCACAGCGCCUGAGUGGCCGUCUCCCCGGAAGAGGACGUCGUGUCUGAAGACCUGGACCCCCGAAACCCUCCCUCCAGACCAUUGCGUGGUCGUGCCGAGCGAAACGGGCCAUAGCUAG